AUGUGGGGAACCAUUCACUCAGGGAAGGGUAAUAUGGUGAGUGGAUGCGAGCUUCAGAAGGCUUACAAGGACAAGGCUGGCAUAAUGGGAGCUCCUCAUCAGGGCAAACUAGGGAUCCCACUCCAACACAUACAAUGGACAACUCUUAGGGGGCAGCUGAUACAGGCGAUCUCUUUGUCGAUGGUAAAGUUAUUCACAGGCCGCAUUAUAGAUUUACAAGCAGACAGCCACUCCCGGGACACGAUAGGGGUCAUGAGACAAUGCCUGGACAAGAGCCAAUGCAGGGAGACAAUUUGCAAUCUAUCAGCAAUCGCCUGGCGGGCAGUCAACUGCAAAUAUGGGCCACCAGAUGCGACUGACGAGAGUAGGCCCUUCAUGGUGAGACGAGCACCACAUGACCAAGCAGCAACCGACAACGAGACUUGCAGGUUCUGGCGACCCAAGAAGGCGGCAAUCUUGCAGCUGAGGCCAUACUUCCGAGAACAAGGACAACAAAAUAACGGGGCGAUGCUUGAGGCUCAACGACUGAAGCGAAUGGACGGUGGGAGAUUCGGCGGUGGAGAUGCAGGCACCGACGAUGGGCAGAGGGGCGAUAAAUUGGUGAUGAUGAUCGGGAAAGGCCUUCACACGGCGGUCAUCCUCUCGCCAGCGCCGACCGUCGUCGCCUUGGAACUAAUGCCGCCGCACGGGUUCGUUCAAUUCAAUCCAUCCCGACCCUCGUCGUUGUCCGACGUGAAAUUGGUCGUAAAGGACCUCGUCGACCGUCCUUCACCCACCACACGACGUCGGCCUCGCUACUCUAAGAGGAGGAGAUCGCCUCGAUUUCGUCGGUCUGCACGCCGUAGGUCGCAGCCGUCUACUUCUCACUGCCGGUCAGUCGUGCGCCGUCACGUUUCGCCAUCCGACCACUGCCGCCGUCUCCUUCCGCCAUUCGAACGCCGAGGCCGCCUCGGCUUCCUCCUCGCUUGCGCCUCCUCGCUUGCGCCUCCUGCGGAAGAAGAAGAUGCAGGAGAUGGAGGGGAGCUCGAUGAGGCGACCGGCGACCGAGUCACGACCGGCGUCUCCUGCAUUGCUGUUGGCGCCAGGCGGCGGAGACAUGGUAGAGGCCAGCCGACGUCUCCUUCAUCGGAUUCGGGGGUCGCGUCGGGCAGCGAAGGCCUGGCGGAGGCACGGCAGAGGCCAGCGGCGGGCUGA